CUACCCAUAGGUUGAAUAAUUUUAAAACAAGUGGGGAAAGUGCACGUUGAAAUGAACCGUUUUAUGGGUUGAAAAAUGUGAUUCAUCGAACAAAAUAUUAACGACAGUCUAAAAACUUUUAAUGAAUCCCUGUCCCACUGUACAUAAUUGUCGUUUUCUUCGCGACGUUCCUUUGUUAAAAUUAUUAUCUAAAUCAGUUGCUGAUCGUACAUCAGGUUGAUAACACCCCGAAAAAAAAUAACGAGAUUGAAAUCUGGAAUCAGUUUAACAGACAUAAUGGAGUUGAACGCCUUGUCGAAAAAGUCCUACACACUUAAUACAAAUUUUGAACUUGGUGAUAAAACAACUGGAGAAGGAAAAUUUUCACCAGUUUCUGAGGACGUUAAACAAAAUAAUGGAACUAAUACCAGCAUCGUCGCCAAAAGUGCCGAAGCAGGAGAAGAACUCCUUCAACCAGGAUCCGAUAUCCAACCAAAAGUCUCCACAGAAGACGUUCAUAGUUUAGCCCAACGGUUAUAUGGAAUUACGAUUGGAGAUUUUAAGGAGUUGAUUUCUUACGAUGAUCGGAAUUAUUUUAUCACCGAAGACAAAAAUGUCAAGAAUCCUCUAAUAACUAGAACCUGGCCCCAUGGAUAUGUUAUGAAAAUUCUAAAUGCCCACGACUCCAAGGAACCAGAAUUUAUCGAUGCUCAAAAUGAAUUAUUGAUUCAUUUGUCUAAACAAGGUAUCCAGUGUCCCAGGCCUAUUGUCAACCUACACGGGAAGAACUUCUCGGUUGAGAAAAUAAAUGGUGUCAAUUAUGUUGUGAGACUGUUGGAAUUCAUUCCAGGGAAAAUAUUCCACCAAGUAACCAAAUCCAAUUAUUUGUUCUUCCAGAGUGGAGAAUACCUGGCAAAGGUUAAUCGAGCUAUGAAGGACUUCAAUCACGAUGCGUAUAAGACUCAUAAAACCCUCUGGAAUCUCCAGUCAAUUUCUCAACUCAAACAAUUCCUAUACGUUCUUACAGAUCACGGACGUAAAUUGAUCGUCGAGCAAAUCAUCGAAGCCUUUGAAACUCAUGUUCUUCCAAAAGUCGAUAAGAUGACUAAGCAAGUUAUCCAUGGAGAUUAUAAUGAACAAAAUAUCAUAGUCGAACAGAAGAGGAAGAACUCGGAUGAGUUCAAAGUUUGUGGAAUCAUCGACUUUGGAGACACAAGCUAUUCACCGAUUAUCUUUGAAAUUGGCGUAGCUAUGACUUAUAUGAUUUUGCAAGCCAAAAGUCUUGUAGCUGGUGGAGUGUUUUUGGCCGGUUAUGAUACCAAUAAACCCCUGAAGGCAGAAGAGAAGAAAUAUUUGAAAUAUUGUGUUGCAGCAAGGCUAGCUCAGAGUUUGACUAUGGGAGCCUACACACAUUCUCUCCAUCCGAGCAAUGAUUAUGUGCUGGUUACGCAGGAAACUGGUUGGAAAAUGAUUGAAGAUUUAUGGGUGCACAACUUUGAGGGAAUCGAUGAAAUUUGGGCUGAUGCAGCUGAUCAUUAUUUGAAGCAGAGCGAUAAGUGAUGAAGGAAAGUGUUAUUAAUUUAAGUCUUAUUUUGAAAAGGUUUCAUCUUAUUCUUUAUGCCAUAUGUAACUAAGGUCAAUUGAAUAUUAUGUAGUCAAUAAAGAAAUAUCUACAAUUAAAAUAAG